AUGUUCUCUCAGAAGGUUGCCCAGCAGUCGCUGCGACGGCUUGCCGUCCAGCAGCCGCUCACCAUGCAGUGGUCGAUGAUGCGCGCCUCCCCGGCCGCCGUUGCCCUUGGUCAGAGCAUGCAGAAGAGGCCCGUCACCUCCUCCCCCAACACUGAGGACCCAGCCCAGAUCCUGGUCAAGCAGCGCCUGAACCGCCCCGUCUCUCCCCACCUGACCAUCUACCGCCCCCAGAUCGGCUGGAUCGGCUCCUCCCUGCACCGUAUCACCGGUGUCGCCCUCUCCGGCACUCUCUACCUGUGGGCCACCGCUUACCUCGCCUCGCCCGCCCUCGGCUGGCACCUCGAGUCGGCCUCCAUGGUUGCCGCCAUGGGUGCUCUGCCCGUCGCCGCUAAGGUCCUCAUCAAGGCUACCAUGGCCCUCCCCUUCACAUACCACAGCAUGAACGGCCUCCGUCACCUGAUGUGGGAUCUGGGCCGUGGUCUGUCCAAUCCCACCAUCAUCAAGUCUGGCUGGACUGUUGUGGGUCUGAGCGUGACCAGCGCCCUGGCUCUUGCUUUCCUUUGA